CCAGCCGAUCUCAGUAUGAUGCAAGUAUCUCAGGGGACGAUAAGCAGUCCUUGGCACCAAGCCUACCAUCCAAGUUCCUCCACCAACGAUCUCUCCAACUUCGACCAUGGCUUUUUAAGAAGAAGUCCCGACCAGUACAGUUCCAGGGGAAGCAUGGAGAGUUUGGAUCAUCUGCCUGCGGGAUACGCCCAUCCUUCCUGCCAUCUUUCGCCAGCCAAGUCCACCAGUAGCAUUGACCAGCUUGCUCACCUUCACAACAAGAGGGAUUCUGCUUACAGCUCUUUCUCCACGAGCUCCAGCACCCCCGAAUAUCAACUGCCUCCCUUCUGCAAGGAGAGGUCCUAUUCUAUGGAGAACGUGCAUUCUCGGGCCAGGCUGCAAGAAGGCGGCAUGAGGCAGGCAGACAUCAGGUACAUUAAGACGGUCUACAACGCCCAGAGAGGAGUUUCAGAGGAAUAUGAAGUGAAGUCGUCUGCUCUCGUACCCAGUGGUGAGGCCCCUAAAGGUUACAGCGCCAGCAGGCCACAUGGCCAUCACAAAAGCCCACAGACACGGAAUUCGUUGGACAACGAGAACCAGUACGCAAAGGGGCCUCCCAUGCCACCCGCCCGAAGUGACAGCUACACAGCAAUCAGGCACCACGACAGGCCCAGCUCUUGGUCUAGCCAUGAGCAAAGAAAGGCCUUGAGGACCCAUCCCAAAAAUGCUUGGCUUCUCCUAGGCCAGGGCACGCCUCCUCCGGGACAGCUCUCGAAACCGGCAUUCCUUGAAGGACAACUCCACACUGUGAUGGAGAGGAGUCCAGAGGGCAGCCCCACCAUGAAGCCAAAACAAGGUUACCCCCAAGCUGCUCAACCAGGACAGCCACUGCUACCUACUGGGGUUUACCCCGUUCCUUCUCCCGAACCACAUUUUGCUCAGGUUCCUCACCCUUCUGCGAACAACAGCGGGCUGGUGUACCCAGCACUUGCCAAAGAGAGUGGCCACGCUCCGCCUCCUGCUUCUUUUUCAGCUUCCUAUGAAAAGGCUGUUCCCUGCAAGCCACUUCCUGUCAUGGAUGAGAAUGGAAACCAAAGCAUUCCGAGCAAGGCAACCGUCUUCUACCAUCCCGAAUGUGGACCAUCCGGAGCAGGGAAAAAAAAGAUGGACAAUGAGACUUCGAAAGUCAUCUUAUACAGGACCCAUCCUCAAGCCUACCCAACCUCUCCGAGACAGGAGGAGGAAGCAGAGCCCACCUACAUAGCACAACCCAGCAUCCAAGAAAGUGCAAAUGAUGCCCAAUACUUGAACCAUGCUUUUCAGCCUUGGUCGUUCCACCUACGAGAUGCGAUGGCUGAGGGCAAAGCCUGCUGCCCGUCGAAGGCAUACAGUCCAGAAGAACAGCAAGAGGAUCGGAAUGCCAACCUGCCGAGAAAUGAGUGCGAUCCCACCGCACAAAACCAGUGGAAUCCCAAUAAGGCGAAGCAGUACCUAUUCUCUUCCUUGCAAAAUAUCCCAGAGAGUACUCAGCUUCAAAACCCCAUGGAUUUGAAGGAGGUGCAAGCAUGUAGGAGUUGCCCGGGUGCCAAGUGGCAUGUGGUUAACUAUGCCAACCAGGAAGAAAAGGAUGGUAAAGAGCAGGUGCCGGAAUAUUGGCAGGACAGAGAAUGGCGUGCCACAGAAGAUCACCGAGAUGCAAUUACAAAUGCCGAUUACAACAAUGGCAUGGAACCAAAUUAUGAGCAGCCUUCCUCUCCGUUGCUCCCAAAGGCCUCCGAUUUCAGAGCUGACCAGUUCCGAUCUUGCAGCAACAACAGCUUUCAGCCCCCCUGGUCUGGGAAAAAGGAGUCUAGGAAGAACCGAUGUUCUGUGCUGGAGAAGGUCAGCAAGAUAGAGCGACGGGAACAAGGCCAUCAGCGGCCACAGAGUGCAAAUAGCUUGACCCAAAAUUCUGGAUCAAAGAAGUCCAGCGUUGAAGAUAGCCGACGUAGACAUAACUCUCAAGAGUAUGGUCAAUUUCUGGAUGAACACGGCAGGCCGGCCAGCACAAACAACUCAGACCUGUACCCAAAUGUGCUCUACUCAAACGAAAGAAGUACCAGCAAACCAGAAAAGGUCAACCGGUAUUCUGCUGAGCAACAGAGGGUAACAGCAGCGGCUUUGGUAGCACCGCCAGAUCAGCAGAGCACCUACCGCCACGGGUCCUCUGGCAAGGAGUCACACAAAAAAUCUGGGCAGCUGCAGAGGAGCAGAAGUACAUUCCAGUUGUUGGAUGAACCCGAGAGAGAAAUCUUACAGAAAGUCAGUGCCAAGGAACCGCACAGCUCACAGCGGGAUGCCCCCCUUAACAGGACUUACAGGAAUAGCAUUAAGGAUGCUCAGUCUAAAGUUUUGAGGGCCACCUCAUUCAGGCGCAAAGACCUCAACAUUAGUCCUGCCUUGGGGAAGGAGGUCCAGAGAAGUACCCCAAGACCAGCUUCAGCCCACACAGGGAUGAGGAGCACAACGGCCUCGCCACAUACCCCAAAGGAGAGGCAUAGCAUCACGCCGACAGAGAUAAAGAUGGAUCCUACCAAUAAAGAAGGUCUUCCAGGGCCUCUGCACGUGCACCGUAUCGGGGGAAGGAAACGGCUAACCGCUGAGCAGAAAAAGAGGUCUUACUCUGAACCAGAGAAGAUGAAUGAAAUAGGUGUGUCGGAUAAUGACCUCUCGCCGUCCUCGCUUCAGAAGAAGAUGCUCCAGUUUAUCUUUGCAGAGAGCACCGUGGCUGACCGGCGCAAGAUCUUCGAGAAGGAGAACAAAGCUUGUUCCACCAUCAACCUUUCCAGGCCGGAGCUGAAGCAGCUGCAGCAAAACGCCCUUGCAGAUUACAUUAAGCGCAAAAUUGGGAAACGGCCCUCUUCGGCUUCCCAAGAAAGGGAAGGAUCGCAGACCCCAUGCCGGCAAAACAGUGGCCAAGAUAGUCAGUCCUUGUCCCCGGCUUCGAGCAUGAAUUCUCUUCAAGACCAGAGUCUCUUUCAUACUAGGGAGUCUCUAGAAUGGGCCUCUAGAAUGGGCCACGUUUAUUCUCCUCUGCCCGGGCUUCAUGGUUGCUUUAAUCCCAUUGAGUUUGAGAGCAAGAUGGCGGGCCACCCGAAUCACGGUAGCAGCAAGAGCUCCACCCCCACUUGGCUGAAAGCAGACGGCCGCCCAGAUCAUCGAGUUAAUCCCGAGCUUACGAAAAGUACUCAGACGGAUCUUGACCUUUGCACCCAAGCACACCCCGUCCACCAGAUCCUGGAGAAAAAGACACGGCUCAUCAAGAAGCCUGGGAAAUCAGCUUCUGCAGAAGACCUGCUGGAUAGGAGAGAAAACCAGCCUAUGACCAUGCAUGUCCGAUCCAGGUCAUCUCCCUCAGCAGAUAAAAUGUGCCAGGAUUUCCAGGUGGAAGAUAGUAAUCAAAUCUCUCAUUUUAUGAAAGAUCCUUUCUACGUCCUGGGUGCUACAAGCAGGUCAUUUGGCAGUAGCAAAAGAGGCCACCUGGAAAAAUCGGCCUUCACGCAAUACCGUCCUCAUCACAGCAGUGAGAACGUUGGGAGCUCAGCGCCCCCCGCAGAGAAGCAGAAGGUCCCUGAUAUUCUCAGACAUCACAGCCGCACCUCGGCCUUCGUCUCCCCUUGCCCGGAUACGAAGGAGAAGCACUCUGAUGCCAAGCCAGGCUUCAGACGGGUCACCCCUUCCAAAUCUAGCUAUUCUUCCCGCAGUUCGGCCUCCUCCACCCCGACGCUUUCAGACUUUUCAGCUGCUGGAGACAACGCGCUCACAAGAUGGCCGCCCAGGACUGACAAGGAAGACAAUAACAAAGCCCAGGUCCUGGACGGUGUCAGUUACCCGGGGAAGGAGCCAGCCGAAGAGACAGCUUGGAGACCGAAGUCUACUCUGUCUCAGAGACAACCCCCACCUAAAGUCAAGUGGGCUAGGGAGGAGAGCCAUCCAAAGAGCUCCAUUUCUGUUCAGACAUCUGGACAGAAGGCUUUCCAACAGUGGCACGGGAUCCCCUCUAAGAAUAGUUCCUUCUCUGAGCCAGAAUCUCUCUCCAGUCAAGGAAGGUUCUCCCUUCGCAUCUCCGAAACCUACCUCCAGAUGUCCCCGCCGCCAUUCUGUCAGGAAGAGGACAACGACGAUGUUUUUAUCCAAGAAGCACAGCCUCAUCCUAUGGGUGCUAUCUCAGAAUAUCCACCCCCUCCUCCGGAGAGUCCCACUGACAGCCUGGACGAAUUUCCAUCUCCGCCCCCAAGUGUGGUGUUAGAAGAGGAUAACCCGGACUCAGACAGAGAGGAGAAGAUGACCAUAAGGAAUGAUAAGAAGGAAGCUGCUAUAAUGGCGGUCACCUGCCCGACGUAUUACAGUGUGUCGGUACCCAAAGCUGAACUUUUGAAUAAAAUCAAGAAUUUGCCUGAAGAAGCAGGUGGAGAUGAUGAACAGGUGGACAUCAAUGAGAAGAAGGCUGAACUCAUUCAGAGCUUGACCCACAAACUGGAGACGCUGAAGGAAGCCAAGGAGAGCCUGCUAGCAGACGUCAAGCUCAACAACACCUUGGGAGAGGAAGUGGAAGCGCUGAUCAGUGGUCUCUGCAAGCCCAACGAAUUUGACAAGUACCGAAUGUUCAUUGGAGACCUGGAUAAGGUGGUCAGCCUCUUGCUUUCCCUCUCAGGACGCCUGGCUCGGGUGGAGAACGUUCUCAGCAGCCUCGGCGACGAUGCGGAUAAACAAGAAUGGGCUUCUCUGAACGAAAAGCGGAAGAUGUUAGCAGGCCAGCAUGAAGAUGCCCGUGAGCUGAAGGAGAACCUGGACCGCCGAGAACGUGUGGUCUUGGACAUCCUGUGCAGUUACCUCUCCGAAGAACAGCUCCAGGACUACCAACAUUUUGUGAAGAUGAAAUCGGGGCUGCUUAUAGAACAGCGGGAACUGGAUGACAAGAUCAAACUCGGGCAGGAACAACUCAAGUGCCUCUUAGACAGCCUCCCCACAGGAUCCUUCCUCGACAGCAAAACGGCCACAGGACCUCCAGCCACCCCGGGGAUCAACUCCGAGAACAGAUCUACCCCGUCUUUCCUCUGACCUUCUCCAGUUGAAGCCC